AUGUCUCCACCAUCCGCUAUCUAUCAAAAUGAAGUCCAUGGCUUCGAAGUGGGAGGCGCCGUCAAGGCCAAGACUCUCCCCCAUGCGUUCAAAGACAAUGGUCUCAAUGGCGUCAACGAUCUCCCAGCAAAAGAUAGCGUCCUUCUCGAAACCUUCGCCGGCAAGUGGGAUGAUUUCACCUUCGCACCGAUCCGUGAGUCUACGGUCAGUCGUGCUAUGACCAGACGCUACUUCUCGGAUCUGGACACCUACGCCGAGUCCGACGUUGUCAUCGUCGGUGCUGGCUCUGCUGGACUGUCUGCAGCCUACGUCCUGGCAAAGGCACGUCCCGAUCUCAAGAUUGCGAUCAUCGAGCAUCUGUCAGCCCUGGUGGUGGAUGUUGGCUCGGUGGACAGCUGUUCAGUGCUAUGCGUUCCACCAGACGACCUCGAGGUCAAGUACGCCGACGAAGGCAACUACGUCGUCGUCCACCACGCCGCCUACUUCAUGUCCACUCUGCUCUCCAAGGUCCUCGCCUUCCCCAACGUGAAGCUCUUCAACGCCACUGCUGUCGAAGACCUCAUCACUCGGCCAACAUCCGACAAUAGCGUCCGCAUUGCCGGCGUCGUCACCAACUGGACCCUCGUCACCUUGCACCAUGAUGAUCAUAGUUGCAUGGAUCCCAACACAAUCAACGCCCCGCUCGUUAUCUCGACCACCGGCCACGACGGACCGUUUGGUGCUUUCUCUGCUAAGCGCCUAGCCGGCUUCGGUGCGGUCAAUCUAGGUGGCAUGCGACCUCUCGACAUGGUGACUGCCGAAGAUGCGAUCGUCAAAGGCACUCGAGAGGUAGUGAAGGGGUUGAUCAUGGCAGGAAUGGAGCUGAGCGAGUUGGAUGGUGGAAACAGGAUGGGACCUACCUUCGGCGCCAUGGUCCUUAGUGGAUUGAAGGCCGCAGAAGAGGCUCUAAAUGUUUGGGAACAGCGCAAGGAGGAGUGCGCUUAA